UCUAUCGGCGUUAUCAAAGAGCAGUGCAGACAAACGGAGCAAAAAUGAACCUGGUCCCGUUUGUUCUGCACGUCCUGUUUGUCACGAUAGUACAUUGUGCUCCAAGGUGCGAGCCCGCCGAUCAAGCACUAGGUCGAUGUCAGUCUGCUGAGACAGCACAAUGCGUGACCAACCAUCUAAACUACUGUGCGUCCUACCCAACCGUUUUGUUUCCCAACCUAAUUGGUCAACUGUCAAGAGCAGAAGUUGAGACGAGUGCAGAGUACGCACUCAUUAGUGUCCUGGACAACUUGCUGAAUGGGGAAUGCACUUUCGACCUCAAGUUGUUGGGCUGUUCCAUCUUAGCGCCACGAUGUGAAAACAAUGUGCUUCUGAAACCCUGCAGAUAUUCCUGCGAGGCACUUAAAAGAGACUGCCAGCAUGCAUUUGAAAUGAUAAAAAUGGCUUGGCCAUAUUUCCUGGACUGCGACCGGUUCUUUGUAAGUGAAGAAGAGGGAUGCUACGACCCUGUGGGGAAAUACUCGGAUACAGGCUUGACAGAUGAUCUUGAUGAGCCAGCUUUCACCUUAGAAUUCAGACACCACGAUUACAUGGAGAUGUCAAAGCUGUUGAAGCAGACAGCCUCGUUGUGUGCAGAUAUCUCAGUUUUGUACAGUAUUGGCCGCAGUUUUGAAGGCAAAGAACUUUUUGUAAUUGAAUUCUCAAACAAUCCUGGGCAGCAUGAAAUGUUUGAGCCAGAAUUUAAAUACAUUGCAAAUAUGCAUGGCAAUGAAGCAUUGGGAAGAGAGAUGCUGAUCUAUCUCGCACAGUAUUUGUGUUCUGAGUAUUUAAGUGGAAACCAAAGGGUUCAGACUUUAAUCAAUAACACCAGAAUCCAUCUUCUACCUUCUAUGAAUCCUGAUGGAUAUGAAAUAGCAUCUGAAGAGGAACCUGGGUACAAUGGAUGGACUACUGGAAGAACGAAUAUUCAAGGCCUUGACCUGAACAGAAAUUUUCCCGAUCUAACAACACAGUUUUAUCGAGAUAGAAGAAGAAGGGGAAGUCGUAUUGAUCAUAUCCCAAUUCCAAGGUCAUACUGGAAUGGUAAGGUAGCACCGGAGACACGGGCAGUGAUAAAAUGGUUGAAGAAAAUACCUUUUGUUCUUUCUGCAAGCAUACAUGGUGGAGAUUUAGUGGCAAGUUAUCCUUUUGAUUUAUCAAGACUUCCAACAGAAGACAAGUAUUUUUCACCCACUCCAGAUGAGCAGAUGUUCAAGUUGUUGGCUAGGACCUAUGCUGAUGCACAUCCUGUCAUGUCGGACACGUUAACGGAAAGAUGCGGAGGGUCGUUUGCUGAAGAUGGGGGCAUCAUAAAUGGAGCACAGUGGUAUAGUUUUGCUGGAGGAAUGCAGGACUUUAACUAUCUACACACAAACUGUUUUGAGAUAACAUUGGAGCUCAGCUGUGACAAAUAUCCUGGUGAUGACGAUCUCCAACCAGCCUGGCAAGAAAAUAAAGAAGCCCUCUUGACCUACAUGGAAAUGGUGCACCGAGGAAUAAAAGGCGUUGUAUUGGAUGACAGAGGAAGAACAAUUAAAGGAGCACAAAUCAAAGUUAGAGGGAUCCGACAUGACAUAUUUUCAGUUGCUAAUGGGGAGUAUUGGAGACUGCUGCCAUCAGGCACAUACUAUGUCAGCGCAUUUGCACAUGGCCACACACGGGUUUUGAAGAAAAUCUAUUUACCUGUCAAGAUGGAAGGGGCUGGUCGUGUGGACUUCAUUCUGCGUCGCCUGCAACCUGAUAUUGAAACUGAGCCCUUGGAUGAUGGAAUGGAUGAAAUAGAUCUGAUCGAGCAUCACGAGAGGAUUGAGGGGAGAUACGAAGAUGAAGAUGAAUAUUCACAUGAAGAAAAGCCUUGGUGGUGGUCCUUCUUUGCAAAUAUGGGACAGAGUAUGCCAGACUGGCUUUUAAGAACCAUGUAAUUGUUGCUGUGUGUAUCAAAUUAAAUGGAGGAUACAUCAGCAAGUUUGCAUUAACCAGUACAUCAGUGAUUUCUACUUUAGUAUAUCGUCUAAUAAUCUGGGAUACAAUAUAUUCUUUAAUCUUUUAGUCUGGAGGAGCCAAAUGCAAUUAUGUGCCCUUAACACAAGAGGGCAUCAUAGAUCACAGUAGUAUGUAAUAAACACUAACUCAUAAUGUCCAAUGUAUGCUUGCAUAUUAUAGCACAUGUUGCCUGAAUCAAGUGAAGGGGAUUGGGGAGAUACUUCAUGUAUGAUUUUUUUAAUUAAAAUAUAUUUUCUCUCAAAA